AUGGGAAAAGGAACCGACAAGCUAUAUAUCACGCACUCGGAGUGGUCCUCCUCAGAUGCAUUUGGCAACGCGCGCGGCGCAAACAGCGCCAAUCGAGCCUCUGCUGCCGGCUUGUCCUCAACCUUCAAGCGCUUGCCCUUCAACUACUGCGCCGUCUCCCUCCAGCCGUUUACAGACCCCGUGUGCACGUCAUCAGGAACUAUCUUUGACCUCACUCACAUCCUCACGUGGCUGUCUAAACACCCCGAUACGAAUCCUGUCGACGGAACGCCAUUGAAGCGUGCCGACCUCAUCACGCUGAACUUCACGAAGAACGAGGACGGCGAAUAUGUAGACCCAGUCACAUACAAGGUCUUCACAGACAACACGCAUAUCGUUGCGCUGAGGAAAAGCGGCAAUGUCUUCGCGUGGGAUACCGUGGAGAGGCUCAACAUCAAGGCGAAGAAUUGGCAAGAUCUGGUCAGCGACGAGGCAUUCACACGGAAGGACAUCAUCACGCUCCAGGAUCCCCAGAGUAUCGAAUCAAGAGACUUUAGCUCAUACAAGCAUGUGAAGGACGGAGACACAGUAGUGGCAGAAGCGGAGAGCGGUGUGAACAAGGAGGCUCUGGGCAACGCGGCAAAGAUCAUCAAGGCGAAAGAAGCAGUGGCGAAAGCGCGCGAAAACAGGAAGAUCAAGGAGCAAAGUGGGAUUACAUCGAAAGCGCUUGCGAACUUGCCCAAGAAUGGUACAGCAGCAUCAACGUCCGCAGAGCCCAAGAAACCGGCAUAUAACGCGGCCGUGUACACUUCCGGCAAAGCUGCUGCAUCCUUUACCUCGACUGGCGUCACACCACACACCUCCGGCGAACGCGCCCUCCUCUCUGAUGAAGACUACAUGCUCAAGCCGAAGCGCAUAAAGAACAAGGGCUACGCGCGAAUAUCCACCUCACUCGGCGAUCUCAACGUCGAACUACUCCCCGAAUACGCACCGCGCGCGGUAUGGAACUUCGUCAAGCUGGCACAGAAAGGAUACUACAGCCACACCAUCUUUCACAGGAACAUCAAGGGCUUCAUGAUACAAGGUGGUGACCCGACAGGCACUGGAAGAGGCGGGCAGAGUAUAUGGGGUAAGCCAUUCGAGGAUGAGUUCGAGGGGCCAGAGAGGCACAACGCCAGAGGUGUACUCAGUAUGGCGAACAAGGGCAAAGGUACCAACACGAGUCAGUUCUUCAUUACGUACCGCGCUGUCCCGCAUCUCGACCGCAAACACACUAUCUUUGCACGAGUAGUAGGUGGUCUGGACACAACGCUGCGUUCAAUGGAGAUAGCGGAAGUAGGCGAGAAAGAUAAGCCUGUCGAUGAUAUUGAGAUUCUCGAUGUAGUAGUCUUCGUAGACCCCUUCGAAGAAUGGCAGAAAGAACGCAAAGACAAGGAAAACAAAGAAAUAGAAGCUGAAGAGAUCAAGAGGCAAGGCGGCACAGCCGACGACAAAACAACGUGGACCGGUAAGCGCAUACGCGCAGACGGCACAGUGGACAAUGGCACUGGAGAAGGUCUCGGCGUAGGCAAGUAUCUCCAGGCCGCAAAACAGGAGAUACAAAACCAGGGCGAUGACGAGAUAGUCGGAUACGUGGAUGACGAAGAGGAUGUUGCACCAGUCAAGAAAAAGGCCAAGACGAGUGGCUUUGGUAACUUUGAUGCCUGGUGA